GUGUUCGCUGCUACUCCUCGAUGCUUUAUAAUGGGCCUCAGGCCCGAGAAACCAGAGGACCGUCGCAUCGAGGAGGGCAGAAGGGGAGAGAAGUAUAGAUCAAGGAGAUGAAGAAAGAGGACACGGUGAAGCUCGUUAGCGCCGAGGGCUUCGAGUUCGUUGUCGAUAAGAAGGCUGCCAUGGUCUCCCACACGAUCCGCAACAUGCUCACUUCUCCAGGUAGCUUCGCGGAGACGCAGCAUGGUGAGGUUACUUUUCCAGAAAUCAGCACUCCAAUUCUGGAGAAAAUCUGCCAAUAUUUCUAUUGGUCGCUUCAAUUUGCCAGUGGCAAGGAAACCGAGUUUCAUAUAGAGCCUGAGAUAACUUUGGAGUUGAUGAUGGCAGCAAAUUAUCUUCACACUUGAGGAACUAUGCCUUCCUUUCUGCUUAUUAGAUGAUCUGCUUGUAUGUAUGCCUUUAUAAAAGCUGAUCAAACUUUGAUAAAUUUCUUCUGCAUAGUUGAGAAAUAUUUGCCUUACAAUGAUUAUAGUGCUGCUUUACAUGCUUAACUUUGACAUUUUUUUCCCAAAGAGGCCUUAUCUUUUACAAAGAAAACAUAGGGCCAACUGCAACAUAACUCUUUAGUUUUGGCUUC